AUGUUAUUUGAUAUGAUUGGGCAUACUGAUAAUGAAUCAUCAGGAGGUCGGUUGCAUCCAGAUUACACCCUAGAAAGCCUUGGAGAGGAGUCCCUACUUAGCGAACAGCUAAAAAAUUUUAGUGAUUUAGUAUGUGAAAGACGAAGAAGGUUUAUUGAUGAGACUUUCAAAAAAAGCAAGUCAAAUCACUUACUCCGGCCAAUACCUGUUACUGCUCAAGAAGAAGCAGCCACCAUGGAUGAAGCAAAUAUGUCAAAAGAAGAGCUUCUAGCAAUUAUCAAUUCAUUGCUAAGUUCAGUUAAUAUUCCAGAUAGUUCAAAGUAUCGCGGAUUAAAGCAAAAAAAUCAACAGUUGGAUUGGUCUAACGGAUCUGAAAUCAUAAACUUAAGUAUUAGUUGCAAAAUGCAAAAUCAAGAUUUAACACAUGUUAGUUGGAAUG